AUGGACAGGCCACUGGGCCCUCGCCAACCCGACAAACGCAAUGAGGCGUACGAAACCAUCUUUGGUCGUCCCAGCGCUACCCAUCACCAGCUAAAUUCUCAUCCAAAUUAUGCACAAUCCGUGCAUGCAGUUCCUUACCACCAGCCCCAGAAUGGUGCUCACUAUCCUGUACAAUAUCCCCAGUACAACGCUCCUUUUGACAGGCGUACAUCCCAUCCUUCCUCGUAUGCGUCCCCCGUACAAAAUAUUGCCUAUUCGCAGCACCAAUCGCCCUACAGGCAGUCCUACUAUCCUCCCCCCUCCCAGCCCCCCUUUCCUCUCCAUCCACACCCUUCCCAGCAACGUCCAAACACGCUUGCUCCUCCAACAACACAUGGCCGUGCUCGCUCUGUCGUCACUUCCCCGCAUACAGCAGGCAUCAUUGCUCCCAAACCCGAAGAACCCCCGGAUGCAAGCCUCGAAGCCCUGACACGAGCUGGCCUCACACCGGCUCAGGCUUAUCAAGCUCAGGUUUACCUCAACGCUCCUCCCGGCCAGCAGGCGGAGUGGGCCAGGCCUCCGCAGAUCCCACAACCCAUCGCCCAGAACGGAGGACCGUCGAGAACAUCAGUCGAAAUUCCAACGCUUGGUGUCCAUCUUGAGCCCGAUAACGGCCGAUUAAACAUCGAUUUCAGCUCUGCCAGUAGCGAUCAUGGUACCGAUGAGAGUCUCAGUGAGCUCCCUUGGGCUCGGACGUCUGACCUUACACCCACCGGCGACCGUUCCAUGUCCAUGUCAGCCGCCUCUUCCUCUAUGCGAACAAUACUUGACACUCGCUCUCGUCCUCCCAUACCCUCAAUGGGUGAGGGAAGAAACUCACCCACGUCCGUUCGUGUCGUAGUCACACGCAAAACACCCAUCGUCUAUCCUGCUCUGCUCUCCCGCGUUGCUGAAGUCUUCCGCGAACGCAUAAACAUAGCUGAUAGAGUCAAAGAUGGCCUCACAUACAAAGACGCUUUUGAUGGUCGCGAGGCUGUUGAUAAGAUAGCAUAUAUCAUCAAAACCACGGACCGUAACCUCGCUUUACUCCUCGGUCGUGCUUUGGAUGCCCAAAAGUUCUUCCACGAUGUCACCUACGAUCACCGAUUGAGGGACAGUGCAGGCGAGUUGUAUCAAUUCCGCACCAAGCUUAGCCCGUUUGGCUCAGAAUCUCUCGACGAGAUUCCCUUGCCCUCUGGCGUUUUCACACUCUUGACCGACUGCUACUCUCCGACCUGUACCAGAGAUCAGCUAUGCUACAGUAUAGCUUGUCCACGAAGGCUGGAGCAGCAGGCUCGUCUCAACAUGAAGCCUCAACCUGGACUAAAGAAACAGAUAAGCCGAGAGAGUCUGGGUGACUUCGUUGAACCGGGUACACUCUGGAUUCACUCGGUGCCCCAAGAAGUUGUGAACAGUGUGUCAGACAUUGAGAAGAGGCGUCAGGAGGCAAUCAACGAAGUCAUCUACACCGAACGUGACUUUGUACGUGACAUGGAGUAUCUUCGUGAUGCAUGGGUCAAUGGCUUAAAAGACAACGAUAUCAUUUCACAAGAUAGGCGCACAGACUUUUUACAACAAGUUUUUUGGAACGUGCAUGAGAUCAUCGCUGUCAACACACGCCUUCGUGAUGCUCUUAAUAAACGACAAAAAUCUUAUGCUGUCGUCGAACGCAUAGGAGAUAUUCUGUUGGAUGCGGUGCCACACUUUGCACCCUUUGUGUCUUAUGGUGCCCACCAGCUGUACGGAAAGUAUGAAUUCGAGAAAGAGAAAAGUUCAAAUCCUGCUUUUGCGCAGUUUGUCGAGGUAUGGUGCAGUGCAAAUACUGAUUUAUUCAUGUUAACCCUAACAUUGGUAUGUUCCCAGACUACUGAAAGGCUGCCCGAGUCCCGUAAACUCGAGCUUAAUGGUUACUUGACCAAGCCCACUACACGUCUUGCUCGAUAUCCUCUAUUGCUGGAGGCAGUACUCAAGCACACGCCUGAUGACAAUCCUGAUAAACAGGUGCUUCCACAAGUCGUGGCCAUAGUUCGGGAAUUCCUCGGCAAGGUCAAUGUUGAGACCGGGAAGACCGAAAAUCGCUUCAAUCUUUUACAACUAGACCAGCAAUUGAUCUACAGACAAGGAGAGCAAGUGGAUCUACGUUUGCAAGAAGAAGGAAGGGAGUUGGUCUAUAAAGGUGCACUCAACAAGCGUGGUGGUGGCCAAGGUGACAGUGGAGACCUGCUAGUAUAUUUGUUUGAUCAUGCCCUGCUGAUGGUCAAACAAAAAAGCAAGCACGAGCAGUAUAAAGUAUAUCGACGUCCCAUACCUCUUGAACUUCUUUUUAUCUCCGUUCCCGAGGACACUGCCAAUGCUGGGAAACCGGUAGGGAACAAGCAGGGGAAGACCUUGACGAAGAAAUCAUCGUUUAGUAAGGGUGCCCCACAUGCUCCUGUUAUCCCUAUCAAGAUCGACGGUAAAGGCGGAUUCGCCAUCACUUUCGUUCAUCUUGGUCGAAAAUACUACCAUCUAACUCUGUGGGCGAGUACGUUUGUCAGUCAUCGCAAGUGGGUAGAAAACAUCACCAAACAGCAAGAGAUCAUGCGCGAAAGAAGCGCGGUCUUUGACACCAUCAUUUUGUGCGAAGGCUUUUUCAUUGGAUCAAACAAAGUAAAUUGCGCAGCGCCGUUCGCCAGUGGAAGACGCAUCGUUUUCGGUACCGAUGAUGGCGUGUAUCUGUCAGAUCUUCGAGCACCAAACAGAGAUCCAUUCAAGGUGUUAGCCUUACUGGACGUCUCACAGGUUGAUGUUUUGGAAGAAUUCCAGCUUUUGAUUGUCCUGUCAGAACGUCAAGUGGUCACUUUCCCACUUGAUGCUUUGGAUCCUAUGGACCCAAUGGCAGGUUUAAAGCGAGCAAAAAGGAUAUCGUCUCAUACAUCCUUUUUCAAAGCUGGUAUCUGCUUGGGCAAAGUAUUGGUUUGCAUAGUCAAGUCAAGCCCUUUGUCUAGUACAAUCAAGACGCUGGAGCCUAUCGAUCAAAACGUUCGUGGGAGGAGCAAGCCUACGUUCCGCAAAUUGUUGCAGGGUGGCAAUGAUACUCUAAAGCUCUUCAGGGAGUUCUACAUUCCAGUGGAGUCGAGCUCGAUACACUUCCUCAAGACUAAACUCUGUGUAGGAUGUUCCAAGGGAUUUGAGAUUGUCGACCUGGAGAGCCUCGAUACGCAGGGUUUAUUGGAUCCGGCGGACUCUACCCUCGACUUUGUGAGAAAGAAAGAAAAUCUGAAGCCCAUGGCUAUUUAUCGCAUCGACAACGAGUUCUUGUUGUGUUAUGAUGAAUUUGCGUUUUAUGUCAAUAAAAAUGGGUGGCGUUCGCGGCAGGGAUUUAUGGUGCAUUGGGAGGGUUCACCCACUGGCUUCGCUCUUCGUUAUCCUUAUGUUUUGGCAUUUGAGCCAAACUUUGUCGAGAUUCGUCAUGUCGAAAGUGGACAUAUGUCCCAAGUCAUUCAAGGCAAUAACCUUCGCCUGUUGUUUGCCGAUACUCCACCUUCUAAUGCGAAUUCGUCUAAUGCUGCUCAUUAUAAUCCACAAUAUGGAGGAGCACCAUACAAUCCAUACAACUCUUCGCCUACACCCCCUCCGUCGUACCAUGGUCGACAGUCACUUCCUGGGUAUGGGGCGCCUCAGCAGGCACCUUUCCUUCACCCUCGCUACGUACCGCCGUCUGGCCGGGAUGAAAUAUUGAUGGUGUCCGACGACCGGAUUCUGACGAUUCGAUUUGCUGCUGGGCACAAUGGUCAAGUAAUGUCGGAUACUGUGUCACUUGCAUCUUCAAGAUGACCUGAGUAAUUAGCUGUCUGUGGUGUUCUUUAACUUGUGUGACCUGCAUAUAUUGUUCUUGUUGAUACUCGAUGGGGGUGUUUAUAUGAAUAUCAUCUUUCUGAUUUGUCUUUCUUUCGGAUGUUCUAUAGCACUCUCCUGUCAUAGCUUAUAUAUCUUACCUGCACUGUAUUCAAGGCCAACUUAUUCAAGUAUAUUCGAUGUAUAGUCUGAUAGUCUGAGCAGGAUGUGGUAUUGCUGUACUAGUACUUGUAGUGUGGUUGUAUUAGUGUGCAGUGGAGC